AUGGCGCUCCGGUGGCGCCGCAGCAUCUCCGGCCGCUCGAGUGGAGCUUUCGCUACCGACUGGAUUUCUCGCCGUUCCGAGGAGCUCAAGCCCUGGAAGCUUCCUGGCUCCGAUGGCGCUCCGAUUGCGCUCCGACGGCUCGAGUGGCUUCUGGCGCGACCUCCUUCGUCGCUCGUGUGGAGACAACUGACAAUUUCGCCGCCGACUGGAGCAUUCAAGUCAAGAUUCCUUGAAGCUGGAGCUUUUCUCGUCGUAAUCGCAGCUUCGCCUGCGUUCGCCGUCUGCGGAGCUUCGCCUGCGAGAGGACGCCUCGCAGUCGCGCGCGCCGGUGGACAUGAAAGCGCCGAUGAUAGUGAGAGCCUCGCUCGGGUUGAGAACGGCGGAGGGCGACGCACGGCUACGACGCCGCGUCCCACGGGGCGCGGUAUGACGCGUUGCCUCCAGGCGCUUCUCCCGGCGCUUCUCCCGCCGCUUCUCCCGCCGCUUCUCCCGCUGCUUCUCCCGCCGCUUCUCCCGGCGGUUCCCCCGCCGCUUCUCCCGCCGCUUCUCCCGGCUCCCGGCACUUCUCCCGGCGCUCCUCCCGGCGUUUACCCCGGCGCUUCUCCCGGCGGUUCUCCACGUUUUCGUCGCUUUCCAGUGUUGAGAUUCUCUCCGCCGUGUGAUGUGCCGCAGGAGCGCGAGAAGGAGCGCGCGUUGGUGCGGUCUCGCGGGUGCAUGGCGAGACGGCGCGGCGUGUCGGCGGAAUUUGCGGGCGCAUGGCGAUCAGAGGCGACUACGUUGGUGAUUCAUCCUCCUCAUUCUCCUUGA